AUGCCACCAGCCAGACCAGUGAUUUGUAAAAUGGGAUUCUUGGGACUUCUGUCAUUCCUGAUAUCAUUUGUCCUCCUGAGGGAUGUCCAGGAACCUACCCUGGUUGAAGGGCUCAUUUUCAAGUCCUGUCCCAGAAUGAGAGUAAGAUGUGAAGUCGAAGAAAUAGAUCAGUGCACGAGGCAUAGUCAUUGCCCGGAUAAGAUGAAGUGCUGCCCGUACCUCUGUGGGAAGAAAUGUUUAGAUCUCAGAAAAGAUAUGUGCAGUAUGCCAAUGGACACUGGCCCCUGCUUGGCCUACCUUCCCCGCUGGUGGUAUAAUAAAGAAACCGACCUCUGUUCCAGAUUCAUCUAUGGUGGUUGCAAUGGGAACAAUAACAACUUCCCAUCUGAAGCCAUCUGCAAGGUCAUCUGCAAAAAAAUACUAGGAUACACUAAGGAGGAGCUGGAACAGCCUUCAGAAUUUGGCUCACAAUCUGAGGCUACCUCUACGUAUGCCUGA